CCCAAAACUUGUUUACAUUCGAAGAAAACCCAGAAAUUUCGAGGAGCCGUCAAAAAAUAAAAUGUGUCAAUGGGAGAGAAACCCGAGUCGGCCGACGAAGACAAAUUCACCAUUGGAGUUCAGGUCAGCAUUCGAGGUUCUCGACGCAGAUCGUGACGGGAAGAUCGGUAGAGAAGAUUUAAGGAGAUUAUACGCAGGGUUUUGUAACGGGAACGACUCUGGUUAUAACGAGGACGAUAUGAUCGAGUCAAUGAUUUCUUUGGCGGAUUUAAACAAAGAUGGGUUCGUGGAAUACGAGGAGUUCGAGCAUGUCUUAGGAUUGUCGUCGAAGAAGAAGAAGACAAUUUUUGAGGUAAUAAUGGAAGAUGUAUUCAAGGUAAUGGACAAAGAUGGAGAUGGGAGAUUGAGCCAUGAGGAUUUGAAAAGUUAUAUGGAAUGGGCUGGAUUUUCUGCUUCCGAUGAAGAUAUUAAGGCAAUGAUCACAUUAGGUGGUGACGACGAACAGGAUGUUUCUUUCAAUGCUUUGCUCCAGAUUUUGGGUGUUGACUUUGCUGAUUGA